CAAUAAUCACAUGACAAUGGUGAGAAAAAAUGAUUUUUACUAACUGCUGGAGCCUACAGAAGUCUAUAUAAAGGUAGAUUUCCCAUUUAAGCUCACUGUACACUUAUUUAAGUGAUCUACAUUCUAUAUAACUAUGUCUGCACGUGGAAAAGGAGGCAAAGUGAGAGGAAAGAGCAAGACUCGUUCAUCCCGUGCUGGACUUCAGUUCCCUGUCGGCCGUAUCCACCGUCUCCUCCGUAAAGGAAACUAUGCCGAGCGAAUUGGCGCCGGAGCUCCUGUCUACCUAGCAGCUGUAAUGGAAUACUUAGCUGCUGAAGUUUUGGAGUUGGCUGGAAAUGCUGCCAGAGACAACAAGAAGACUAGAAUCAUUCCGCGUCACUUGCAGUUAGCCAUCCGCAACGACGAGGAACUGAACAAACUUUUAUCAGGUGUUACUAUCUCGCAGGGUGGCGUCCUUCCCAACAUCCAAGCAGUUCUUCUUCCCAAGAAGACCCAGAGACCCGCUAAGUAAACAUUUUGGUUUCUUAGUACUAUUAUUAAAGGUCCUUUUUAGGGCCAUUAACCCUUACGUAUCGUCAUUCUCUACUGAUUACUUAAGAAAACGAUUCUAAAGAUAUCCGAAGUAAACCGCUUGCAGCUUAUCGUACUGGACAUUUUCAACCCAACCGGUUGGUGCUAGUCCAAUUGAAUAGGUUAAUUUACCAUUCAGGUGUCGUCUUAAGUCGCUUUGUAACGGCAUUACAAAUAUAUAAACGUAGCAACUAUGCUGUAAUUUUAAAUCUAUUUUGCCCGCUCAGAAAGUAAUACCCAUCUUUUCCUGGGAAUUUAUCCUCAGAUGAAAACCGUGGCAGCAGAUUGUAACUACACUAAAGGAGCCCAAAUAUAUUGCCAGAGAAGUCCUAAACACCGAGUUUUCCAUAUAGGAAUUGAUUUUCGAUCUGUCAUAAAUAGUAUCCUUAAAUGUACAAUGUCUGGUCCGAAAAUGUUUUAGAUAUGUAAAAUGCUCAUCUUGGAGUACACUGAAAAAAUAAACACCGCAAAGGUAUUCGAGGGCAUGUUUACUCCGGCCAUAAUCCUUGAAACAAUUUUUAAGAUGAAGAU